AUGCAGACUAUUUCUACAAACAUUUGUGAAAGACUUUGCAAAAAGUCCAUCCAUGAAAUUUCCUUGCUACUAAAUAUUCAACGGUCAACUGUCAGUGAUAUUAUAACAAAGUGGAAGCAACUGGGAACAACAUCAACUCAGCCACAAAGUUGUAGGCCAUGUAAAAUGACAAAGCGGGGUCAGUAUAUGCUGAAGCGCACAGUGCACAGAAGUCCCCAACUGUCUACAUAGUCAAUAGCUAAAGACCUACAAACUUCAUGUGGCACAACAACAGUGCGUAGAGGGUUUCAUGGAAUGGGUUUCCAUCACCGAGCAUGUGCAUCCAAGCAUUAUAUCACCAAGUGCAAUGCAAAGCUUUGGAUGCAGUGGUGUAAAGCACACUGCCACUGGACUCUAG